AUGAAGAAGGAGAAUCACACUUUGGUGAGUGAGUUUAUUUUUCAAGGUUUCUCCAGCUUCGGUGAGCACCAGUUCCCCCUUUUUCUUGUGUUCUUUCCAUUGUACCUAUUCACCCUGGCAGGCAACAUCAUCAUUGUGACCAUCAUUGGCCUUGAUCGCCACCUCCACACCCCUAUGUACUUCUUCCUCAGCAUGCUGUCGGUUUCAGAGACUGUGUAUACACUUGUCAUUAUACCAAGGAUGCUCGUUAACCUCUUAGGCCUGAGUCAGACAAUUUCCUUGGCUGGCUGUGCCACCCAGAUGUUCCUCUUCAUUACUCUGGCCAUCAACAACUGCUUCCUGCUCACAGCCAUGGGAUAUGACCGCUAUGUGGCUAUUUGCAGCCCCUUGAGGUACGCAGUUAUCAUGAGCAAGAAGGUCUGCAUCCAGCUGGUGUGGGGGGCCUGCAGCAUUGGCCUCAUUGUAGCAAUGACACAGGUGUCUGCUGUGUUCAGGCUGCCCUUCUGUACCACAAAGGUGGCCCAUUUCUUCUGUGACAUCCGACCAAUGAUGAAGCUCUCCUGCAUUGACACUACCGUCAAUGAAGUCCUUACUUUGAUCAUUAGUGUCCUAGUGAUCCUGAUUCCCAUGGGCUUGGUUUUCAUCUCCUACAUCCUCAUCAUCUCCACCAUCCUCAAGAUUGCCUCUGCUGAGGGCAGGAAGAAGGCCUUUGCCACCUGUGCCUCCCACCUCACUGUGGUCAUUGUCCACUAUGGCUGUGCCUCCAUCGCCUACCUCAAGCCCAAGUCAGAGAACACCAGGGAUCAGGACCAGCUGAUCUCUGUGACCUACACUGUCAUCACCCCCCUACUGAACCCUGUGGUGUACACCCUGAGGAACAAAGAGGUCAAGGAUGCUCUGCGUAGGGCUAUAAGCCGAAAACUGUCCUGA